GCUUUGUUUAUUCCGUUGCUAGGGUUCCCCCUUUUGGUUGCUAGGGAGUGAAUUGGCAUCCUCCAGUGAUUAUAAGCCACAAGUAAAAAGACCCAACCCCCCUUAUGUUACUUUAGAGCAAUUGUGAAAGUGAAAGUGUAAUUGCUUCCCAUUUCUGAUAAAGCUCCUUAACAAACAGGCACAGAAAAUGGGAGAGAUAAUGGAAGUCAUUGAAAGACAAUUUGAGGAAAAUCUUAACAAAAGAAAACUGAAGAAAACGAGCAUUGAUAAAUGUGAUGUCAUAGUGGUUUUCUGCCCCAUUGUUUCUCGUGCUGGAACAGACAUAAGUGCUGCACUGAAUCAACUUGAUAAUGUUGACAAACGAAUCAUCCUGGUGGUGCUCCAUCACACAUUCGACCCAGAUAAAACUAUACCAGACAGCAACGCUGCUGUAAACAGGGAGAAAACAUUUGCAGUGGACUGUCUGUUCUAUGAGGAUGACGGAUUACUGCAAUGUCAGACGAAUGAAGAUGCUUUUGAAAAAAUUGGAAGAUACUUGGAAAUGGAAAAUAUAGAGAAGCCAACCUCAUAUGCAUAUUUUAAAACUAAUGCAUAUUCACGUCAAUCCUCAGAUCAGGCUGCCGACAUUAAUCUAUUAAAUCGUGAGGAAUCAAAGCCAGACCAGGCCUCAAGAGAAGAAGGCAAUCAGGGCUCUUGUUGUAUGUGUUUUUUUCGUUGCUGUGCCACUCUUUUAAGUUGCUGUGCCACUCUUUUUCGUUACUUUGCCACUCUUUUUCGUUGCUGUGCCACUCGUUUUCGUUGCUGUGCCACCCCUUUUCGUUGCUGUGCCACUCCUUUACAUUGCUGUGACACUCCUUUUCGUUGCUGUGACACUCUUUUUCGUUGCUGUGACACUCCUUUUGGUUCCUGUGACACUCUUUUUCAUUGCUGUGCCACUCCUUUUCGUUGCUGUGCCACUCCUUUUCGUUGCUGUAACACUCCUUUUCGUUGCUGUAACACUUCUUUUCUAUGCUGUGACACUACUUUUCGUUGCUGUGCCACUUCUUUUCGUUAGCCUACUGUGCCACUCCUUUUCUUUGCUGUGCCACUCCUUUUCUUUGCUGUGCCACUCCUUUUCGUUGCUGUGCCACUCCUUUUCGUUGCUGUGCCACUCCUUUUCGUUAGCCUACUGUGCCACUCCUUUUCGUUGCUGUGCCACUCCUUUUCGUUGUUGUGCCACUCCUUUUCGUUGCUGUGCCACUCCUUUUCGUUGCUGUGCCACUCCUUUUGGUUCCUGUGACACUCUUUUCCAUUGCUGUGCCACUCCUUUUCGUUGUUGUGCCACUCCUUUUCGUUGCUGUGCCACUCCUUUUCGUUGCUGUGCCACUCCUUUUCGUUGCUGUGACACUCUUGUUCGUUAUUGUGCCACUCUUUUUCGUUACUUUGCCACUCUUUUUUGUUGCUGUGC